GAGGUGGCUGCGCGCGGCCGGCGGCGGCGGUCUGCUCCCGCGCCCCCGCGGAGAUUCUGCCGAUCUCCCAAGGUCGGGGCUUGAACCCUGCCAGAUAAAGUCAAAAACGCCCCCCUCUUUUCCCAGCCAUGCAAACUGCGGGAUGAAGCUGGAAGCUGUGGUCGAGCAGCUGCAGAAGCAGCAGCAGAAGCAGCAAGCUCCUCUGCAGAUGGAUUCCAGGGAGAGACAGCAGAGACAGAUGAGGGAAGCCCAGCUGCUCUAUACUCAGCAGCUGGCAGUACAGCAGGCUGUCCUAGCAGCUACAUCUGGCAGGGCUUCGGGCAGCUCUGCUGUCGGUCCUUUGGCCAGAGGCCCACCUGCAGCUGGGGCUACGCGAGCUUUUGAUCAGAGCAGCAUGAAUUCAGAGCCAGAAGAGGAAGAGGAAGAUGAGGAAGAAGAAGACGAUGAGGAAGAGGAAGGGGGUUUGGAAGGUGGAGAGCUUGAGGAUGGCGCUGAUGUGACUGGAAAAGACACCUGCACUGCUCUGAAAUAUUUUCAUGCUCCUAAAGUUACCCAUCACAACCAAAGAGUGGCUUCUACCUCUAAUCCUCUUCCAGCUUCUGGGCACCAGCGGGGACAGCAGGGGAAAGAAGAACAGGGUAAAGACACUACUAAGCAAACAUAUUCCGGUUCCCCAUCUGGGCGUCAGACUUGGAGACUGGAUGAGCAGCUCAAGCAGAAUGGCAGUGUGACCUGGAGUGAUGAAGGUGAUGGAUGCCGAGGAAGAGAAAUUUCACGAGACUUUGCCAAGCUCUAUGAACUGGAUAGUGACCCUGAACGGAAAGAGUUCCUGGAUGAUCUCUUCAUCUUUAUGCAGAAGAGGGGAACUCCCAUUAACCGAAUCCCCAUCAUGGCAAAACAGAUCCUGGAUCUCUACAUGCUCUACAAACUGGUGACUGAGAAGGGAGGGCUGGUAGAAAUCAUCAACAAGAAGAUCUGGCGGGAGAUCACCAAAGGCCUUAAUCUGCCCACCUCCAUCACCAGUGCCGCGUUCACACUUCGAACCCAGUAUAUGAAGUACUUAUAUGCCUAUGAAUGCGAGAAGAAAUCCCUCAGUUCUCCUGCUGAGCUGCAGGCUGCAAUCGAUGGCAACAGGCGGGAAGGCAGACGGCCCAGCUAUAGCUCCUCUUUGUUCAGCUACUCACCCACUGCCACGGGGCCUCCUUCCCUCCUGUCUCCCCCAAAGAUCCGCUUCCCCAUCAUCGGCGUCGCACCAGGCAGCGGGACCAGUAAUCCUCGUGUGUCUCCAGCAGCAGCUGUCAGAAAAGGUGACGGUGUGCCCUUGACUGUGUCUAUGCCAAACCGUAUUGCUGUGCCAGUGACCUUGGCUAGCCAGCAGGCAACUGUGGCAGCAAGAACAGCCACUCUGGAACAGCUGAGGGAGAGACUGGAGUCUGGAGAGCCUCCAGAGAAGAAGGUCUCGCGGAUGACAGAGGAGGAGCAGCGGCUUGUCCAGCAGGCUCUUCAGCGCAACCUGUUCAGCAUGGCACGGCAGAUUCCCAUGAAGAUCAAAAUCAAUGGCAAGGAAGAUAAACCAGACUCGGCGGCAGCAGCAGCACUGAAUUUGUCACCUAACGGCAUUGGGAGUAUUAACAUGUCGGUGGAGAUUAACGGCACAAUUUACGCUGGAGUGCUGUUUGCCCAGAAGCCAGUCGUCCAUCUCAUUGCAGGCUCCAGCACCCAAAGUUCCUGCAGCAGCAGCAGCAGCUCCCACUGUUCUCCCAGCCCUACCUCAUCCCGGGGAACCCCCAGUGCAGAGCCCUCCACCAGCUGGUCUCUCUGAUGGACAGCGGAGCUUGCUGUCUCUCACACUGGCCUCUAGCAGCUCUGUCCUAUCUGUUCACGGCAGGGAGUGAGCCGGGAAGGAGUCGCACAGAUUACCUCAUCUCAAGGAACCUGCUUUGUGGUUGGCCAACGGCAAGAUGAUGAUGCUGAAACCUUUCCAUGCCAGCGAGUUUUUCCUCAUCAUCUGUUUGUCCAGCCCUUUUCUUUGUUCUCCCCUUUCUUCCUCCCUUUUACUUUUGUUUUCUUCCUCCUCCUCCUCCCAGGGUUUGCUGUGUUCCUAUUGGGGGGUGGGACAUGGAGAAAGGGGCACACCUGGCGUUUUUCAAUCAGGGAUCGUCUCUAGGAGCUGCAGGUUGAUAGAUGGCUGAGACGUCACCAAGGCAGGUGGAAAGAGCUGGAGUUGGGGCAGGGAGAUGGGCUUCUCCUUGAACCAGUAGCCACAUGGACUCUUCCCAUAAAACAACUCAAUGUAUUGACAAUCCUAACAGCCAGCAGGGUGCCUUGCCCCUGUCCUUCAUUGGCUUUUGCUGCAGAAGGUCGUGCCGCUGUAGAGCAGGCAAGCUUCCUCACUUUUCUUCUUCAAGCUCCAUUGCGGUCCAGUGUUCAUGUGUCCUCCCCUGAAUGCCAGACUUGGCUAGAGUGCAUGGCUGCUGCUUGUGGAGUUAUCAAAGACUUGAUGAAUCUCUCUCCCCCUCUUUGAGGUCUUGGCAACACUGGGAGGACUUUCCCACCACUGUGAUCCAAAGAGACAGAAAAUGACUGGUGACUGAUCAGCUGUUUCAUUCUGGCUGGUGCUGGCCUGUUUCCUACUGCUGCUUUCUGCAGGCCUUCAGCAAAGUUUUAAAUGCUCUAGAGCUUGUCUCUCUCCCCAUAGGAAGUUCAUCCACUGAGACGUUUAACCUGAAAGCCUGAACUUACCUUUGCUUGGUCUUGAUCCCCAGCCCCUUGACACGAAAGGGCUGUCACUUAAGUCAAUUUAGGCUUCCUGGAGGUGUAUUUCAGUAGCCCCUGGAAGCUCUCCAUAUCCAUGCACUGAGAAAAUAGAAGGUGAUAUUUAAAAUCUACUUAAGUGGGGCUGUGUUGUGUAUGUAUAUAUUAUGAUUAACAUAUAAUACUUCUUUUAGUUGCUCUCUGAACAAGCCUUCAGAAGCUCAGCCCUUUUCAGAUCGUACGGGGGCAAAAAGAAAGCAGCCCUCAGUCAAAGAAGACUUUUUGCUCUCCAGUUUAAAGCAAACUAAGGCUAGCCGUGGCUCUCCCUCUUCUGGAGCCAACCAAGCUAACUUUGUGGCUCCAUGAACCCAGCUCCCACUCACCUGGUCUCACCCUGUCCUCUCUUCUCCUGCUGGCCUUUCCCACACACAUCUCCCCCAGCCUGGAGAUCAGAUCCAAGCACCAUCCAUCCUGCCCUGGUGACGUCCGUUCCAUCCUCCAGGCCCAAGUCAGGUUUUUUUGAGCAGAUGAAAUACCUCAGAUAUGUACUUGUUGGGGGUUUUUUGUUUGUUUGGGGGUUUUGUUUUUAUUUUUUUUAACCUCUUCAGGAAGUAUUGGCAUAUCUUAAUGCUUGGUUUUUUUUAUAUGUGGUUUUGCUGAUGUUGUGUUUUAUUUUUAAUUGUAGCACCAAAGACAGAAAGAAAGAAAAAAAAAAAAAAACAAAGCUGAGCAAAGGAGCAGUGGUUCCCCCAUUCUUUAGGCUAGCCAGGAGACAAGUUGAACAGCAUUGUCCCCAUGCACACGCAAUGCGCGUGAUGCAGGAGGACAAGUAGAGGUAGGAAAGGGGGGUGAGACUGACUGCAGAGUUAGAGGAUCUGUCCUUCUUUUGGGACAUCAGGGUGUCUGCAGGGUCCCCAUUCUUGUUUCAGAACUUCAUAAUCCACGUUUUUAGCAAACAUUCUUAGUGCAGUGGGGACGUGAUAGUGCUGCUUACACUACAGAUUUGCCAGGCCUCUCACAGCAAAGUGGGUUUUGACAGCUGAAAGCUUGGUUUGAUCUUGUGGCUUUGCACAGGACCAACCUUCUCAGAAGUGCUGUGACUUUGUAUUAUUCCGAGGUCAUUAGCUGCACAGACAACACAGUUCAAUUCUUUCUACACUACAAGUCCACGCUGUGUUGGGUGCUAUGUUACUGUGGCCAUUGUGGGAGCUGAUGUGAGAGUCACCAAAAUAACAGAAGUUAUUUCACAUAUAUAUAGGGACCAGUUACCAAACUGUGUAACAACUGUCCUAACUAGUAAAUUUAUUACAGUCUAAGUCAAAACUGUGUUAGAACUCCAGCGAUGCAGCUUGCUUUAAAAGCUGCUUUCCUGGAGUGUGGUUGGUGAGCAUCACGUGCUCCGCAGUGAGUGGACAGGUAGUUGGCCCUUCUGGAUGUCUGUACUACCACCAUGUUUGUGGACUUUUGUUGCCCUUUUGUUCUCUGCAAGUUUCUAGCAGUUCCCUUCUGACACUAAUCAUGCGUUAGCUUUCAGUUGUUUCUGAGUGGCAGCCACGGUUCUGCUCCCAGUCGAUGAAGAUCUCUUUCCUCCUUCAACCCGGGACAAAAUGUUUACCCGCCCAUCUUACUGCUCCACAGGUUCUUGCCUCCACAGGUGAGACUGAGCCACACUAUCAUAGGGAGUUACAGCCCGUGAUUACAUGGAUGUAGACCAAGAAUUAUCUCUGAAUGAAUGUGGUGUCAUACCAGGAUGAGAAUGUAGCCUUAGAACUGCUCGUCCAGGUGAGCUGAGGUGUUGGGAGCAUUUAGCUCUGUGAAAGAUGGGAAUUUUGAAGCACUGCUACAAUUAUAGACUCUGCCUGUCUGCCUGCAGAGCUGGGUCAAAGCCACUGAACUCUUUCACCACUCUAAAAGUGUCUUUCACUUCACAUCCAGCCUUCAGGUCCCCAAGUGCUUGUGUAUAGCAGCUCAUACACUAAGUAGAUCUGCAGCGGGGGGGAGCACAGCUGCCUGACACAGUUUGUGUCAUUCCGGGGAUGUACUGAGAGGGACUCUUCGACCUGUCUGCAUAGUUGCUCCGUGAGAUUGCACGGGUGCAGGGCAGGUGCCCUCCUGGAGCACUUUGGGGAGCUGCAGAGCCUGUGAGCCACCGGCCCAGGCCCUGUGCUCCCGGGAUAUCCUGAUCCCUGAGGCUGUUCAUUUUGUACUACUGAAAAGAGCAUAGCUUUAAAAAAAGAAUGAGGCCAGAUACUGCCGUAGAAAAAGCCCUGUCAGCAGCCCAACGGUUGGGCUUAAAGUGUAUAUAGAAAACUAAAUGAAUAAUGCUUUUGUUAAACUUAAAAACUACAUGUUCUCCCUUUUGCUCCCACAGCACUGCUCAGCAGGGCGGCUUUUCUGUCCUGUACCGACGAGCAGAAACGCUGUGUCCACGGCCGAGAUCUGUGAAGCGUCAGUUUUCCUUUCCUUCUGUUUGAAGCUCGAGUAACAGGGGUGGUCUCGUACCUCAUGUUAAGGCUUGUAUAAACCACAGAUGGGACCUCCUUGUUGUGAGGGGCCUUGCACUCUCUGUACGUUAGUUUAUAUAAUACAACUUGAGCGAUCUUGCUAGCAGACGUUGUGAUGACUUGGCGGAAGAAGAGAUAAAGUGCUGGGAAUGCACAUGUCCUGAGAUAGGUUCUGCUCUGAGGUGUCCCAUCUCCAGUUGCUUUUAGUGGAAGUAACAAGCACCCCGAUACACAGGGGGAAGCAGAGCCGCUCUUUGGCUGCAGGGCGUUUGCUUGGCAGAUAGCGCAGCCCUCCAAGGCAUUUCAGUGUCUCAGACUCGGAGAUGGUGGUCUAGACUCAUUCAGAUUGUUUUUUUUUUCCCCUUGGGUUUUGUUUUGUUUUGUUUUGGAAAUUGGGGGGUUGGGGGCUGUUUCCUAAGAGUGGGACUGGGGGACUUUUUGCUUUUCCUUAUACUUUCUUCUCUGGUCCUGGGGAGCAGAGGUUAGUAAUGGGUGUUUUUGCUUAUGUAUCACAUGCUAACAUUGUGUUUUCUUGCACAGAAAGGCACUCAAAUCACUGAACUGCUAAACAGCUUUGACACUACUAGAGUAUUAAUGUUUAUAAGCUUUACACAACUAGACUGGAAAUAGACAGGGACUAACAGAUUGUUUUGUAUCCAAUUCAGGGAAAGAAUCAAGUUGGGAUGCGUAACAGAUACCUCAGUAAAAUAAGCUGCAACAAUAAACUGGUCCUUUUUCAUUACGCAGUGACGAGGAUCAGCCGUUCAGACUGUGAAGAGUAACCCUUUCUCCAGCCUGGGUUUGAUACUGGCAGUUGGCUCAAUGCAUGUUUUGCUAAGCUCCAGAUCUCCUACUGAGCUGCCAGGCUGUAGGGACAGGGUUAUAGAAACCAGCAGCGGAGAUGGGGUGGAGAAGCUGGGAGCUGGGGGAAGGUUGCGCGAGGGCUGAGGAACUACCUCUCCCCACCUCGGAUUCAUUUCACUCGGGACGCGUUCGAUUGUAUAGUACUCAGGGGUUUUGAUACUGCAGGUAGGACUGUUCCUUGGGUGAAGUGUUCACUUUGCGGUGUGUCUAAUUCUCUUUAAACUCCAGACCGGCUAAGGUUUCACAACGAGCAGCCAAAAAAGCCCCCAGCUGGUUAGCUACAGGCAGCAGCGGGCUAGCAGCUGCUAGGCGCUCCUGUUUUACAUGUAGCGGGUGCAGAUUUGUCAUCUGGGUUAUAUGCGUGACCAAGAAAAAUACCUGCUUGUCCUCUUCCAGCAGAUCCCAGCUUGCUCUGGGAAGGCACAAAGGUGGCAAGGGCAGACACCAGCUCGGAAACGGGGCUCUCAAAGGAACCGUGCAGGGCAGGGGGAAGAGAUGAGGGGGAGGCUGUGUUACUGCGCCGCUCCCAAAGUGAAUGUGAACGUGUUACACCAAGUCUUUUUGGCCGCUGCGUAUGUGCUCCAGAUGGAUUCAGAUCGGAAGACAUUUUCACCAAACAGCUGCAGCAGCCUUGCUACUAGUUUUCUUACCUAUUUAAAAUAAAUAAAUAAAUAAAUAAAAGAAAUGUGAUAGCCUAGGCGGUGGAUAAAUACCUCAACGUCUCCUUCCAACAAGUGUCUGUAUAUGUUGUUGUUGGGUUUUUCUAUCUUACACGUUAUCUGAAUGUUUAUAUUCCAAUAAACUUCUACCUCUUCAUA